UUACAACUAAAAAGCACAUCUACCUUGCUUUGGAACAGAAAAAUCUUGAUGUGUUUUUUUCUAUCAAUUUCCAUUAUUUGGCUCGACUUCUAUUAAAAAGGUAAGAAUAUUGUAGCAAGUAUUGAGAAGAAAGUGAAGAUUUCGAAAGACAUCUAUAUCGAUUGUGAUGGCCCGUCAAAUGAAUGUGCAUCAAGACGGCAUAUACGGGCAUUUACCAGCUCAGCAAGUUAGCAACGUAAUUGCCCAGCAACAGUUGCUAUUGCAACAUAGAGAAGUUGAAUACUUUUAUGUUUACGUGGCCGAGUCGGAGUGCUUCAACGCGGGAUACUGGAUUGCGUUGGAACCAGAUAAAACACUUAGUUUGGAAAGCUUACGCAGCUACUAUUCGACUUGCUUCGGUAUCAAGUACAAGAUUGUAAAUGCAAAAAACCAAAUGGAAACCAAAUACGUACGGUAUCACAAUGGGUAUUUCCGAUUUCCACCCGGCUUAGACAUGAACAAUAUGCGUUUUGUUGCGUACUAUUAUAAUGAUACAGAUGAUGUAAACGCUUUCAUGGAAAUGACAGAAACAAACGUAAAUGGCUCAGCGACAGUAGCAGCAUUAGCAAGGAACGACUCAUCUUUCCUAUGUCGGACGAUGAGCAAUUUCGAGAUGGAAAGUAUAUUGCAGCGGGGAGCCCAAAGUACUCCGAAGGCUAAGGCUACUUUGGAACGUAUCGCACAUUCGUCAGAAAAUGUGUCCUCAACAUCUGACGUGAUUGUGAAAGAGAAAACAAUUGAAAUAGUAUCAGUACACGAUUCACAAUCGAUUUUACAGAAACCUUCGACUGCACCAAAAACAGUACUCGAGACGGUAGAUAGUUCCAAAACCAUAGUGACUGGUAUUAAAUCCAAAUUGGGGCCAAGUGUUUCGUCAACUUCGGAUAUGGAUAACAUGGAAUGUGUUCGAAAAAUACCAAGAAUCAAGUACGAGCAGGUAUCCAUUGACGACUCCAACGAAUCAGAACAAAAGCACAGAUCGGUUAUGGUUAAGGUUAAGGCCGCGUCACAAAGCAAGAACAUGUUAAAUCGCUAUCAACAGACUCGGUUCCAAUCGCAAGGAGGGAUGGUAAACAAAAGGACACCUUUGAAAAUAACGCUGAGAAAAAGCGGUCGUCAUACUGAACGUGACGCAAAAAUAUUGAAAAUAGAAGAUGAGAAAGGUCGUACGACUGCAUUACUUACGAAGCGUAAAUGGGCUGGAAAAACUAUUGCAAUCGGAACUCAGAAACGCAGAAUUGAUUCGGUAGAAGAUCCUACUACUCAACGAUUUGUCAAACGUCGUAAAUACGAAAUACCACAGUAUGGAGAGUUCUGUAAUCAACCGGCAGAACAACGUGUAUCCACCAUUUACAAACAAUGUGGCGGUCCACCGCAGGUUUUGAACAUACUGUUGGUUGGAUUCAAAACGAAUGCACCGAUUAUUCACAAAACUACGUCGUAUUUUUCCGAUUUCGGCAUCGUGUUGAACCUACAAUUGUAUAUUGUUACAAAUCGGUAUGAUAUUUCCGAAUAUUAUGCAUUGAUGAAAAUUCGCACCAGUGAUGCCGUGUCGCUAUUCGCCGAUAGACACCUGUACAACGGAACAACUAUCUACGCUAUUCGAAUGGAUGAUCAGCGCUUACCGACGCGGGUUAAAUGUAAAAUUUGUGCCUAUGAAGGGAUUAAUAUUGCUUAUUUGAACUACCACAUGGAAGGUCAUUGUCAUCAAUUUCGACUACAAAAACAACUGGAGUCAUUUGCCGGGUGUAUGGCAGAUGUAUAUCAUGAUAGCUACUAUCGAAUCACUGAUGAACAACUGUACGUAGAAUUCCCUAACAGUGUGGUCGACGAGAUUAUACGUAAGGAUUAUAUGAAACAAAUGCGAAACAAAGGUAUUCUUGGAGUGUCGCUUUACCCCCCAUCUAACCAGCAGACCGAGAGAGGCCGUUACUUCUAGUGUCUGUUUACCAUCACCGUUAAAUACAAAUGAGUUGAUCUUAUGUUCCGCCAUCAUAAUUGGAUGCUAUCGAACGAAUCAUACCACAGACGAAAGUUGCAAACAGAACCAGUGAGCACACUAAUCUAAUUAGCAGACAGGGAUAGAUUUUUCUCUGUUUAUCAGCUAGACAGCAUUUUGUUCAGUGUUAAUCCUGAACGAUCGAAAUUAUAUUUGUUUGGCCGAAGUUUUCUCGAAGUCAGCCGUUCGAAGCACAAAAUUGAAAGCACCCUGAUUCUAGGAUGCAUGAAAUGGUUAAGACUUGAAAUGAAAUGUUUUCGAGAAUGUUCGCGGUUAUGUAUUUUAUUGGUAUAGAUUUUUUUCUUAUCGUUGAAAGGCAAAUAGCCUGUUCGAGUUGUUACAUAUUUCACGACGCUGUAUUUGAACUGUAAAUAAAAAGCGUGUUGAA